AUGGCGCUUGCGUUACCCGAGUUAUUAACGAAAAUUUUUGAUUUCUUAGCUGAAGAUAAGGCAUUAUAUCCCGCCUUGUUCGUUUCUAGACUCUGGUCUAUGUGCUCCGGCCCAAUUUUAUGGCGUCGCAUCGAAUUGAUAGGAAACGGGGGUGCCUUCGGCGAGAAAUAUGAAAUACAACUGAAAAAGUUUAUGGGACUAUCGUGCUACAGCUUAAGGCAUCUAGGAAUAGGCGGAGGUAAAAGUUGUAUUACUGAUAAAUCUAUAUGUGAAAUUCCACAAUUCAAUCCCAAUAUCCAAUCUUUAAAUUUUAAUAACUGCGAGAAGCUUACCGAUGCCACAAUCUACACUCUUGUAGGUUCUUACCCGGAUCUGAGAGAAUUAGAUCUUAGCAACUGUGAACAAAUAACUGACAUAGGCAUCAGAAAAAUCGCACAAUGUCUUAAUCUGGAACAUCUUGUACUCAAUUCCCUGGGAUUUAUUAAUGAUAAAACGAUAUGUAUUAUUGUGCAAUCAUGUCCAAAUAUUCGUUAUCUCAACCUAGAAUUUUGUUAUGUCACCGAUACGGUAGUAGAAGCAAUAGCACAAUCAUGUCGCAAUAUGGAAUAUCUCAAUAUUUACGGGUCAGAAUCUAUUACUGAUUCAUCUAUUUCUAAAAUAGCCAAAAAAUGUUCUUAUAUUCAAGAACUUGAAUUGGGAUAUUGCGGGCUUAUAACCGAUAUAGUCAUCAAAGAUAUCGCACAUAAUUUAUCCGAUCUAAAAUAUCUUGGUUUAAAAUAUUGCGUAAAUAUUAGCAAAGAGGCAUUAGAUACGCUGAAUCCGGAUUUAGAUAUAGGUGGACAUUAUACAAUCCCAUCCGCUUUAUAA